AAGUGUCUGAUAUUCUUGACUGGCCAUGACGUCCAUGAUGAAAUGUGAACUGCAGGGGAAAACAAAAUAUGGGGGCAGUUAGUGGGGAUGGUGCCCAGACGGGACCACCACAGAUCUAGAUAUAAACCUAUCUGCCCUCAGGGGUUGUAUUUCUCCAGAUGCUCACCCGUCUUCGUGCUCUCGUCCACCAUCUCAACCACGCAAAGAUGUCGACUGCUAGCUAUACUGUGCACAAUCCUAACGUAGCUUGCUGCACUAUCCCACCGGUCAAGUCGGACUACACUCCUAAGGGAAGCUUCACGUCCUAUGGAGGUUUCAGGAAGGUAUACGUGACAGGACCGCAGGAGCUGGGGGACACAGCUCUCGUCUGUGUCUAUGAUAUCUUCGGCUUCAAACCGCAAACGCAACAAGGCGCGGACAUAAUCGCCGACCAACUUAAGGUCAAAGUUUUAAUGCCCGAUUUCUUUGAAGACGGAGAACCUUGGCCAGCGGAACACUUCCCGCCUAAGACUCCAGCGGAGAAGAGGAAGCUGCAAGAUUUCUUCGGAGGCAUUGCUAGUCCUCCCGCGAAUAAGGAUAAGCUUAUCCACUUUGGACGCGCUUUGAAGAACGAUAAUGUCAACUUUGUUGGAGUCUACGGGUUCUGCUGGGGUGGUAAGGUUAUUAUGCUCGCUGGCGGUGAACACAACACUCCCUUCGGCGCCGUUUCAAUCGUCCAUCCUGCUAUGCUCUCAGCCGCUGAUGCUGCAAAGUUGAAGGUUCCUCUUGGCAUCUAUCCCAGUAAUGAUGAGUCGGAGGAAGAGUACGAGAAAAUCAUCCAGAUUCUGAAAAAGAAGCCAUUCGCUGAUAAGAGUGACUGGAAACAUUUUGACUCGUUCCACGGCUUCGCAGCAGCCCGCGCUAACCUUGACGACCCUGACAAUAAAGCCAAGUACGAGGAUCUGUACUGUACAGUCAUCAAAUUCUUCGGCAAGGCAUAAUGUACUUGUACUCUAACUGUAGCUGUAGCAUAUAUGAGUGGAAUGAACGGAAAGUGUGGAAUGGAGCGAGUUGCAACUUUGUUCUGACGGGCUCAUGAGGGAUUGAGAGAUAAUAAUUUAAGAGUCCAUCC